AUGACGCGAACUAGCAGUCAGAGCUCUCCGGAAGGCUCGAGUAUGCAAAUGAUAGAUUCUAGUGAAAUUCAACAUCGGGCUGGAAAUAUUGAGGCAUCUCAUGUGUUCAUAUCGUCAGAGCUGCUGGUAGAUAUAUUCUUACCUGAACACACGAUGGAUGGAACCCCUCCCCCUGAUGGUUUAAUCUCCAACUUGAUAACGAGGCAAGAAGUUACCAAUCAAUAA